GUCAGUCGCUCAGCGUAUCUCGUCCGAGUUGGAUAUAUUCCGGUCAGUCGUCGCAUUUUUUUUUUCAAUCUUCCGGUGAAAAAAACAGUUGUUUUGAGUUUUUCCCGGCUUCGAAGUUUCUCUCGUAGUGUUGAAGUAAAUUAUCACUGAAUGAACGAAUGAAUUGGCCGGAGUUGACGGCAAGUGAACGAAAACGUGCGGAAAGUAACUCGUUGCAAGUGUAAAUUUCAAGUUUUGUAGUUUGAAUUGAUUUUCCGUAGUGCCGAGUUAAUUUUCUAGGUUAAGUCAGUGAUUUGUCUCGGGAUCCUAGGGGGGGAGCAGAGCCGUUGGAACAAGGGGUACAUGUGCUAGUGGUUGAUAUUUAGAAAGUGGUGACUGUAAACAGAGGCGGAAAAGCUCGGGGAAGAUCAUUGGAAAAUAAAAAAAACUGGUUUAUUUUCUUCUCGGGCGCUACACAACGCGUCUAGUCAGCGCCAUGUGUGUCCGACGUCUCAGCCUCGUGCUUGUUUUCUGAUAGGUGACCAGUCGAGGAGAAUAAGAGAAAAAAUCCAAGAAAAUUGAGGAAAAACUGUUUGUUGUGUCCGGUGAAUGCGACAGGGCAAGGGAAAAUUGCGAGGAAAUACGACCACUUUAUUUUUCCUGUCGUUUUUAUAAUUUUCUUUUAUCCGAGAUUUAUUCACUGUGAAUGACAUAGGAUACUGAAUAUUGUCAGGAAAAUGGAGAUGGAAAAUACGCAGUUAUGAUAAUUAAUUGCGACCUGCAUUAUCGACUGGGGCGGAAAUACAAAUAGAGAAAAAUAUUUAUUGUUUACCAUUCGUUUGGAUUUUUUCUUUUUCUCCCCGAUACAGGGGGGGGGGAAAGUGAUUGACUUUACAUUCAUUUUUCUGUGAUAAAAUGAAGAGAACCGAGUGUUUGAAGUUAAGUUCUGUGAUUUGAUACUGAAAAAAUUUUUCAAACUCAAGAUUAUUCAGUGGGAAUUAUAUCAUUCGUAAUCGUGCGAUUUUUUACCUGUGGAUUAUAAUAUAAAAUGCAGUCCAAUACAAUUCUGAGGGAGGCUGGUAAUCCGGAGAAAUUAAUGGGCAAUAACAACAAUGGAUCACCCGGUGCUGACAUUAUGUUUCAAAUGGAGGACGAAAGCAUGACGCAGCUUGGCAAUGCGUUUCAAUCGGCUUAUCAGUCUAUUGCCGGUGGUGCACAGUAUGGAUCCGACGAAUUUGGCCAAGAUUCACCUAGGUACACAUCUCCAAAGGCUGCGGCACUGUACGCAGAUCCGUACUACCUUGAUGGAAGUACGGGAGGAACUCCUGGUGAUCCCUGGACGGGUAGUGGCGGUGUACAGCCACCUUACAGUGGCUAUGCCCCACCUCACUUGGCUCAGCCGGCCUAUCCCAUGCAUAUACCACAUGACCCGAUGGCGUACUCGGCCAUGUCACCGAAUGGCGAGCCAGCGGCACCAAUUCUUGGCUCAGCGGUGACGAGUGCUGCAUCACUACCACCAAUGUCAACGUUUAGGGCGACUAGUGGCACUGGUGCACCAUCACCAGCAUCACUUCAAUACAAUCACAGUCCUGGUGCACCAAAUGCACCGUCGACAGCCCCCAAUGCACCCAGCAAUCAAACACCCGCCCAGGAAACGCUUGGCAAGGCACUUGCCUCUGUAGUAAGCACACGAAUUUACCCAACGGACCAAUCGGUGUCGAGUUACAGUAGUAAUCCAUCGACACCAGUGGGUUCACCUCCUCCCCUACCAGCGGCACCAGGAUGGGCCUCUAAUACAGCUCCAGUGUCGCCCCACUUCACCGCAGACCCAACUCGUGGAACAAUUCACAUGCCGGCGCCCGAACAGCAGAGGCUAGACGAUGCCAUCGGCUUCCUUCGUGAUCACGCCGAGCGUAAUCGAGACGAAUCGUCGGAUAUUCUGUUGGUACAGGGAUCUCGAAUGGAGGAAAGACUGGACGAUGCCAUAAAUGUAUUGAGGAAUCAUGCAGAGAGUCAAGUUAAUCUUCAUCUUGGUCCCGUGGGCCCUCAUGGUGCACUCUAUUCCCACACGUCACCGAGUCAAAUGGACCACCUUACGAGUCCACAUCCCGCGGUGACAGUAGCUCAACCCCAAGGAUCCUAUCCAGUUUUAACCCCCACCCCCGACACAGACGGAUCAAUCAAAAUCGAGAGGCUAUCAGUAGCGAAUGCCACAGAAUACAUCUCUUUAGAAAAGAGGAAAGAUCCACCAGACAGUAGUGGUGGUGAGACGAAGGCGUCUAGCAGUGAUUUGGCAGCUGGUGUCAUAUCAGGCUCAGCCGUUAAUUCUACGUCACAAGGAAAAGGAACAAAACGCUCGCGUCGGUAUUGUUCGAGCGCCGAUGAAGACUGCGACGAUCCUGGCACCAAAGCGGUGCGUGAAAAAGAACGCAGACAAGCCAACAACGUUCGCGAAAGGAUACGUAUAAGGGAUAUUAAUGAAGCAUUGAAGGAGCUCGGAAGAAUGUGUAUGACUCACCUGAAGACAGACAAGCCACAAACCAAGCUCGGGAUUCUCAAUAUGGCGGUGGAGGUUAUUAUGACCCUGGAACAACAAGUUAGAGAGAGAAAUUUAAAUCCAAAAGCGGCGUGUCUGAAGAGACGAGAAGAGGAAAAGGCUGAGGACGGUCCUAAACUGCCAGGGCAUCUUGCUGCACAUAUAACUCACCCACAUUCUCAUCCACACGCGCACUCACAACCUCCCUUCCCUGCAAUGCCUGGACCACCACCAUCACUCCAGCACAAUCCUGCCCAGCCCCAGUAGCAGAGGUUCACCUCCGGCGUUGUUCUGUGUUAAAACUCGUGUGCAGUCAGGUCCAGUUAGCCUGUAAAAUCGUUGAAUGAACUUAACUCUCGAACAAUAACGAGAGAAUUGAAGGAAUGACAUGAAAAUUGAAAUGAAAUUAAAAUAAUAAUUAUACCACAUAGACAUAUAUGAGACUCUGAAGUACAUAUACCAAUGGUAUAUUCAGUUUUGGAAGGCCUGGGUGACAAUGAGACGUGCGCGCGGGUGCUCUUUUUCGUUUAUUACUUUCAUUAUGCUAUCAUUUUAUCAAUUUUUAACAUCAUUCGAGGGGAAUCUAUUCAACGUAAUUCAAAUUAUUUUUCACUCUGUGUGAGUUCAUUGGGUCUCUGGGGAAAAUUACCGUUUAUUUUGAAGGACAAUAAAUAAGUAUUAUCGAUGAGGAAUUUUAAAUGAUUAAUGGUUAAUGAGACAAAUAAACGGAAUUUUUCUGUCUUUCAAUUCAUUUUGUCGGAUUGACAUAUCAGGCGACUUUUUGAGAUUGAAAUUGAAUUUUUGAUGAUGCAACAUCAGCAAUGAGCGGACAAUUUUUUAAUUUAUUUAUGUGGAUUGGAAGAUAGAUUACCAAUGAAAAGGUAAGGGUUUUUCCUGUUAAAUCUCUGUUUUUUGGUUCGAAAAUCAAUUUUUUAAAGCGGAAAGUACAAGGUAAAAAGCCUAAGGUGAAGUGAUUUGUUUUUAAAACAAAAAUUCAAUUUUAAACAAUCAAAAAAUUUAUAAAAGACACCUGUCACAUUGGAACUGUGAAUUUGCGUGUCGAAAAGCUAAAAAAAAUUACGAUGAACAGCCCCAAUGAUGCCCACAUGAUAAAAUCCGCAUAUAUACAAAUAUAUAUAUAAAUAUAAAUAAAUUAAUGAAUGAAAAUUGAAGAAGUUGAUAACAAAGAGUAAAAUGACGAGAUUGAUUAAAGUGAUUAGGUAAAAGACCCAUUUAAUGAGAAAAGUGUAUGUGCAAAGAAGAAAAAUGUUUUUUUAAGUUUUAAAAUGCAUAAGGAAAAAUGAGUAGUUUUUAAUUGAAAAUAAUGAAACGAGAGGGAAAAAAUGAUUAAUUGACAACCCACACACACACACGUUUACUUAUAGUUGUGGUCUUUUUAGGAGAGAAACUAAACAAAACGAUUUAAUGAUAAACGAUAAUAUUGCUAAUAUAAAAUACGGCGGCUUAAAAUUAUUUUUAUAAAUAGCGAAAGAUGAAAAAAAAAUGAUGAAAUAAUUAAAAUGUGGUUCCUCUUUCGAUGAUAAAAUAGUGAUGACGAUUUUAUUACCACUGAGACCCCCCAGGAUCAUUAGAAAACGAGAGAAUUUUGUGAUUUUUUGGAAUGGGGGAUUAUGUUAUGAUAUUGUUCGUUUUAUUUAUUAUUAUUUUGAGGAAUGGAGCUAUCCGGUGAAGUUGGUGACUUAAUUGGCAGUUAAGGUGAAGGAAAGGGUCUUUGGUUUUCAUUUUAAUAUACAACAGAACAGAAUUUUGCGGAUGCCUCUGGAAUCAGUGGUUUAAUCGCAAAACGUUAUAAGGAACAUUUGCAGAUAAUUUUAUUUCUCACAAAAAAUUUCUUGUGGCAUUUUCCUCUAAACUCGAUUGUUUCAGAGGUAUUCAAGAAAUUUUGAUCUAAGACUCUGAAAUGCUUGUUUUAGUUAAUUACAUGUUCCGGGUUGAUUUAAUAGAUUAAAUAGUUAAAUCUUCAGGAUUAUCUGCGGAGAGAAGUCAUUGUCGAUUUGUUCAGUGAGGAUAUCGAUGAUUUUGGGGGGUUUGAGGGAAUUAUUUCUGAGUUUAAUUGAGAUGAAAACGAAUGGAAGACUGGGAUUUUCAUUUCAAUAAAAUAUACCCCAGAAAUUCUCAGAUAUCUCUGGAGCAACUGGUUUGAUCGAAAAAAGUCAUUAAUACUUUUUCUAGAUCAUUUAAUUUCCCGUAAGAAAUGUUUCGUGGCAUUUUACUCUCAAUCCAGUAGUUUCAGAAAUAUUUACGAACGAGCGUCUGAGAACCCCAAAAUCCUGAUUCCAAUAAAUCACAGAAUUCAAACUUCCCCUUCAUCUUGUAUUUCAUUGAGAAAAAAAACAAUAAUCCUUGGACUUGUAUUACUUGUAUACACUACGAUCCGUUGGGUUAACGAUUGUAGAUGCGUGGUAGUUAAAAUGUGAAUGAUUAAAAGUGAAAGCGCAACGUAAAUACAUGAAAAAAUGUGAAAUCUAGAAGAAUGAGAGUGAGUGUGAGGCGAAUUGUCGAAUGAUUGGGGGAAAUGAGACGAUUGUAUAUAAAUAUCAGUUAAGGACAAUUUAAUGAAGCGCCCAGAGGCAUCACUGUCGUUUCGAGAUUGUUGAUUAAUCGUCGAUGGGGCUCGUGAGAAUCAUUAUUUCAACUAUUUUUACUCAUUAUUUUGUACUUAAACAGUACUAAUUGUUCGAUUAAAUCAAACUUUUGGAGUGUGGAUGAGAAGAGACGGUUGUUGAAGAGCUGAACACACUCACAUAAAGAGGAUUAUCCAGGUUAUCGAUUUAUUAAUUGCUGAUUUCCCCGGAAAAGUUCAUUUUAGUUGAAUCUUGGACAGUUUUGGUUAGAAGAUCUCCGGAUUUUUGGGAGAUACGGCAAUUCGUGUCCAAAAAUUUUAUGGAGAUUGUAAAAUUUCUUACAAGAAAAACUUUAUCACAAAUAGCCGUAUCUCCUCGCGUUCCUGAGAUAUUUCUCAAAAAGAUUUUGUUCUCACCAGUUUUUGUUUAGAUUGUGUCUGUUCAACUCAUCAACAACAAUAAUUCAGUAAUAAAUCAUCACUCAGAGGUUCUCGCUCCAUCCCGGAUAGAAGUAAAACAAAUAUUCGAUAAAAAAAUCCUAAAUGAGUGACUCGUUAGUGAAUUCGCAGUGUUCGUAUAAUUUGUACAUAAUUAGUGCCCAACGAGACAAUUGCGAAGACACGAGAUUCACCGACUCAAUUCAUCCUCGUUUUCGUUUUUUACAUACCCAGUAAAAAACUGCUGAAUAAAUUAUUCAAUAGUUUCAUUGAUUGAUGACAGACUAAUUGAUAAUUUAAAAAAACAGAAUUCAACAUCAAUGAAUUAAUUGAAAUAAAAAGUACUUGAUCAGUUGAAUGAACCCUCGAGCCCCGCAGUCGACGAAAAAAAAAAGUUGCAUAAAUAAUUGAUUAUCAAUGCAAAUUAAAAGUUUGAUUAUUUCCUUGGAAAUUUAUUAUCAAAAAACGAAAAAAAAAUCCACGAAAUACUGAUCUCUGAUGUUGAAUGGGCUCUGAUAGGCAAAUGCAAUGAGAUAAUUAAAAAAGGCAAAAAAUUGCAAGAAAAUUUAAUUAAUAAAAUUUACCAUCGAAGUAAUUACGGUUAAAACAUAUCUCUCGCAUAAUUUGUAAAUAAAAUGAAAUUGAAGAAAAAAAACACGAGGAUAAGAAGAAAAAAUCAGUGAAGGCAUGCCUGAGGGAGGAUAAUUAUGAAAACUAUUAAUUAACGAUGAUAUCACUAUUGUCAACGUUCAUUAUCAAUUAUCGAUUUAAUUAUUAUUAAUUUUUAUUACCAAUUAAUUAAUUAUUAGUUAUGAGAAUUAUGAGAUUUCUUUCACUUCCUUUGUCAAAGAAAGUAACAUUUUUUUUCUUCUUUUUUUUUUUUUAUUAUUGCAAGGGACAAUUUUUGUUUUUGAACAAAAAUAUAGCUCAAUCGACGAUUUGUGUACCCAGUUGCCAUGUAUUUUAAUUUAUUUAGAAUUCUUAAAUAAAUUUUAUUGAUGAGAAAAAAAACAAUGUGAAGGUGGAGAGAAAUGAAA